AUGGGAUACCACAUGGAAAUUUCGCACUGUGAAACCAGACCAAACCACUCCAAGGUACAACACAACAUAAAUGGAGCACAUUAUCCAGAGAUGUCUCGUGGUUACACACUCUACGUACUGAGGGAAUGUGGUUUGAGAUGUGUACCCACUGAAUUUGACUCAGUUGCGCUGGACAGUCCACAUGGUUUGGAGUUUAUUCAGACUGUGCAAUCAUGGGAGGUGCGAGAGAAUCGCUACAGACUGCCCCAUGUGGAGUAUUACUAUGUGAUCACCAUUAACUCCAGGGGUGAGAAGGAAGAGGAGCUCAAGGAAAUCGAUGUUGGCAGAUGUUUGGGAGUGUGUACUGCAGGAAGUGGGUGUCUCUGAAGGGACAGGCGUAAUAGUGACCAAUGUGUGGCUUGGGAAGAUGGCUCAUCCAAUGGGUACUCUCCUCAGGAAUAUGAAAUUCAUGCAAUCAUGAACAGACAUGGAAAGAUCAGGAACAUCUAUACUAUCAAAUCCUGUAAGUGCCACCGGACAACCUCAUGA